AUGGGGAAAGCCGGCCGCGUCGCGUGUAUCUUCACGCCUUAUGUGCUCACUAUCGCCUCCCUGAUCUGUAUUAUUAUGGUCGGUCUGGGUUGUACGAAGGCCAGCUCCGGCACCUUAAACAACCUUUACUUCGUCCGGGUUGAUCUCCAGAACAUCAGCAGCGAAGGAUCCAAAACGACAACCGAGAUCGAAAACAUUCUCAGCGAGCACGGUAUCACUAGUGUCACCUCGAGCGAGGUCUCCGAUGUCCUCUCGAAACUCCAAGAGGACUCCACACUGGCAGACUUCUACCAAAUCGGUCUCUGGGGUUACUGCGAUGGCGCAAUCAACAACAACACGGCCAACGUCACCGAGUGCUCGAAACCAAAGAGCGAGUUCUACUUCGACCCAUUCUAUGUCUGGGGUCUGGAGGACUCGGAUGUGAAGGACGAGCUGCCCUCUGACUACACCAAGGCCAUGAAGGUGUACAAGGCCGUCUCCAAGUGGAUGUUUAUCGCCUACCUGGUCGCCUUCAUCGUUACCAUCGUCGAGAUUCUAGUUGGUUUCUUCGCCAUCUGCAGCCGCUGGGGCAGCUGUGUCACCACUUUCUUCGCCGUCCUUGCCUUCCUCUUCACCACCGCCGCCUCCAUCACCUCGACCGUCCUCUUCUCAGUGUUCAAGUCCAGCCUGAGUUCCACUCUCGACGCCUACGGCAUCACUCUGACUCUGGGGAAGAACAUUUACGCUGCUACCUGGUUGGCCGUAGUCUUCUCCCUCGCUGCUGUGAUCUUCUGGACCUUUAGCAUCUGCUGCUGCUCCGGUCGCUCGCCGUACGGCAACCGCAAUAACAACAAUGCCCGCGGUAUCACUGCCGAGAAGGCUCCCUACACCUACGAGCCUCUUGGUGCGGGCCAGCACCCCCACGGCCACCAGCACAACACCUCGUACCCACCUCCCGCUGCUCACGGCGGUGAGUACCCCAUGACCAACACCAACCAGCGGUCGAACGCCUACGAACCCUUCCGCCACGUCUAA